ACUCAGUGCCCGCGUAACCGUUGACGCGAACGGACGCGUUCAAUAUUCCAUUUCCAAACACAAAGCCCGCCAAAUUGUACGAAACGCAUCGUCUGAUAUAAUAACGCAAUAAAGUUUACCUCGGUUAUAGUCUGUGGAAACCGUACUCGGUUUGUCAAGCAAAAUAAACAUUACGUUGAGUUUUUUUUUUACGUUUGCUCGAAGGCGUAAACGAGGACAAUAAGAUUUCUCGGAGUGUCAUAUAGUGCAAUAUGCAACAAUGAGAAGACAUUCAGUUACGUAAAGAAAACAAGUUACCUGACAUAACUAUGCUAAUUAAUCUGUAACGGUUGUUCAGCUGGGGCUUUGGAUGUUGACAAUGCAACGUAUGUCGAGUGAAUAUUGAGAAAUGGCUGUAGCGAAUUUUUCGGUGCCAACCAUUGGCGCUGCGACCCCAGCGGUUAUAGGCACGACUUCUUCACCUCUUCACAUAGACCUAGAUGAUUUAUUGUACUCCCCUGCGGACUAUCAACAGGAGUACGCGCCACAAUAUCCUGGUAAUGAGCCUUUUACUCCACCCCAAAGUCAAGCUCAGCCAAAGCGAUCGAAGCUAAGAAAGCGAGCUGGUACAGCAUACCUCCCUCCUCCUCCGCAACAAUAUGCACAAUACCAGCGUCAAGAUAUCCCAGUUAACCCUUUCACUGGUCAAAUGCAAGCACAAGUGUACCAAGGGAACACUAGACUCGACAUAGGCGGUGCUAAUCAGCGUGUCAACGCACAGUACGACAACACAGGGCAGUACGUCCAUGAUCCUACCGGAGACUAUGAUUAUGAACAAAGGAGAGAAAAAGACGGUACACCACGUCAACCUUAUAACCCAGGAUACGCGGACAGUCCGUACCCGCCUGCAACUACGCCAGUCCAAGCGUCUAGUCGAAGAUUGGAUGGAGUACCAAAUCAACCAGUUAACAAAUUCUUUGGGAAUAAUCCGGUGACGUCACCGACGCAACGGCCGCGAACGGAUGCGGGGACUAAGAGUGGUAACAGUGGUGGCAGUGGCAAUAAUGCGGGAGGUCGGAGCAAUGUAAACGCUCCCCCUGACCAGCCUCGCGGGUUCACAAAAGUGGAAAGCGGCGGCUCCGGUGGCAAAACACAGCUGCAUGCUGUGCUCGACUAUGAUGAUGACGAAUAUUACGACGACGAUUCUGGAUCAGAUUCGGGUCUGCCGGCAGUAACGCCAUUGCAAGGACCUAUACUCCUACGCAACGGGUCCGUGCCUGUCGUACCUCUCACCUCCUACCCUACAGUCAAUAAUGGCUCUUUCUACCAAAUACCAAUUCUUUGGACAGCACUGUCACUCGCACUAGGCUAUGAACUUCAAGGUCAAAUAAUCCGAGGCGUGCCGUGCGUCAAACGAAACUUUCAACUCUAUUGUCCCACCGCUGGCAACACCUACCCUAUAGACAAAAUAGAAAUGUUCAUAGACGAGAACAAAGCGUUAAUAAAGAGGAUGUACGGCUCGUUUUCUAUACCGGGAGGCGGGAGGGUGCGUCGGGCGCCGGGGGUACCCGACAUGCAUUCUGGAGACUCCUACUUCCGCCAUGUACGGCAGGCUUCAAAAUCUACGCUACCUGACCCUCAGGUCAAUAGCACCGGCCGAAUAGAUGCGUGCCAAAGCAAGACGGAAAUAAUCACACCAUAUUGGGCUUUAAAUUCGGCAAAGAAAGUGAGAGCAAUUGUCAAUACAAUGCACUUCGAACAAGCUAUACAUCAAGAAGUUUGCAGUAAGAAAUCAACGUCUCGAUGUUCCGGCGAUUGCAGUUGUGAGCAGAAAUACAAAUGGCAUCGUUUGCUCGCCUACGACCCAAGCAACGACUGCGCGGGCAUAUUUAUGGACUGGUUCCUAUUCCCUUCGUGCUGCGUGUGCCAGUGCGACCCGUAAACUAUAAAAGAAUAGUAAAUGACACUUAACAUUGUUAUGGGAUUGUAAACUAUAGAAUCAUAGCAAGUACUAUAACACUUCUUUUCCUUCUAGUUUUUUCUUUAAUUUGAUGACAAAAAAAAAGAAUUUACAGAACACUUAAAACAAUGAAUUAAUAUACUAUAAUUAUUUUUAAAUGUAAAUAUUCAAAAGCCAAGAGAUACUUUUUGUAUUUAUAGUAAAUAAUAUCUUCUUAUUUAUAAAAUAAUUUUUAAUGUUUUCUAUUUUGUGGCUAUAUUUUAAGAAUAAGAAAAUAGAAAUAUUCUUUACUUGCUUGCUAUGAUAAUGUUUAAAACAGUAAAUAUAAAAUAUUGUACUGUCUGAUUUUAUACUUUAGUAAAAUAUAACAUAUUACAUAGUUUAAAAUAGCCGUGAAGUCUAUUAUAAAGCCUUUAUAAUUUGUACUUCCUCUUCGAAAGGGUACAAAUUCAGGUUGAUUUGAACGUGAACUAAGAGAAAAUGUUAGUUAAAACUUGUUCAUGAUGUUACGUAAUGAAUAUUAUAGACUUAAUACUAAUGUAGAAACUUUUAUAUUUUUCCUAUAAAUUUAAGAGUAAUAAACGAAAUAU